CAGACUCGUCUUAUAAACAAUUAAAUUCCUCGCCCAUUCAUACAUUCUAUUACAACCUAUUAUUUUCACUAUGGUCUUCUAUCCCCCCAAAUGGGCCGGGCAAUUACCCCCUAUCCCCGACACUCUCCCCAUCUGCGACUUCAUCCUCGACGAGAGAUACGGACGUGCUCCUAUUGCCUCCUCCCCGGCCCCGUUCAUCUGCAACGUCACCGGCAAAAGCUACCCCCCGACCGAAGUCACCAAGCGCAUCGAUGCCAUCGCCCGCGCUCUAUCCCACAAACUUGACUGGGAACCCAACACCGGGGCUGCCGAAGAGAAAGUCCUAGGCAUAUUCAGCGUGAACACGAUCAACACUCUCCCACUAUCAUGGGCCGUCCAUCGACUAUCAGGCAUCGUCUCCCCCGCCAACGCAUCAUUCUCGGCGGGCGAAUUAGCCUACCAGCUGAGCGACUCCAAAGCGACAGCGCUUUUCACCUGCUCAUCCCUACUAGACACCGCAUUGCAGGCAGCCGAUAAAGUCGGGAUUGCGCGUCAGCGCGUCUUCCUGCUGGAAACACCCGACGACCCAACGCCUUUACCAGAAACAGCAUCACAGUUCCAGACCCUCGAGCAGCUCAUCACCACGGGACGGAACCUCCCCGCUCUACCAGCCCUGAACUGGCAACCUGGCCAGGGCCGUCGCCAACCUGCCUAUCUGUGCUAUUCGAGCGGAACAUCAGGAGUACCGAAAGGCGUCCUCAUCACCCACUACAGCACCAUCGCCAACAUCCUCCAAUUCAAACAAUACGACGAAGCCUCCGGGGCCCGCACCCCACACCAACCCGCCAUCACCAGCUGCAUCCUCCCCAUGAGCCACGCCUACGGAUUGAACUACAUCUGCCAGUACGCCACCUACCGAGGCGACUCGACCGUCGUAUUCACGGGCUUUCAGCUCGAGUCCCUCCUGCAUGCUAUCCAGCAGUACCGAAUCACGGACCUUUACCUCGUUCCACCGAUCGCCAUUCGAAUCGUCAAAAACAGAGAGUUAUGCCAGAAGUACGACCUGACUAGUCUCCGAGGCUGCAUCACCGGCGCAGCGCCACUAGGAGAAGAAGUCGAGGCCGCCAUGCGAGACCAGUUUCCUGGUGUUUGGAUCGGACAGGGAUAUGGCCUAACCGAAGCAACCACCAUCGUCUCCCUAGCCCCCACCCGCGACCAAAUCACCGGCUCCGUCGGCUGCGCCAUGCCCAACUCCAAAUGGAAACUCCUCUCCCCCUCAGGCACAGAAAUCACCACCUACGACACCCCCGGCGAGUUACUCGUCUCCGGCCCACAAAUCACAAACGGAUAUCUCAAUAACCCCUCCGCCACCGCCGAAUCCUUCCACCCGGACGGAUGGUAUCAUACCGGCGACGUGGGGGUGAUUCGUCAGAGUCCAAGCGGCAACGAACAUCUGUUCAUCAUCGAUCGGAUUAAGGAGUUGAUUAAGGUGAAAGGGCUGCAGGUGGCACCGGCGGAACUGGAAGCGCAUUUAUUGGCGUUGGAGGGCGUGGUGGAUUGUGCGGUGAUUCCGGUGGGACAUGGGGAGAAGGGGGAGGUGCCGAAGGCGUUUGUGGUUAGGGAUGGAGAUGGAGAUGCGGGGGAUGAAGUGAUGAGGGAGACGAUUGUGAAACAUGUGAGGGAUGGGAAGGCGAGACAUAAGUGGUUGGUGGGUGGGGUGGAGUUUGUGGAGGUGAUUCCGAAGAGUCCGAGUGGGAAGAUUUUGAGGAGGGUGUUGAGGGAGGGGGAGAGGAGGAAGCUAAGGGAGAGGGGGGCGAAGAUAUAAAUGUUGUGGUUAUAUGAAG